AUUUUUUCGCGAGAAUUUUUGCCUGGGUGUCAAAAAGUUCCACUCGUUGUCUCCCCAACCCCCUCAUCUGUCUCUCCUCUGCUCAGCCAUGGAGGUGGAGGCGGCAUGGCGUGCCCAAGUCUGCUGCCCCGCCGUCGCGUUCGAUACCGCCCCGGCCACGCAGAGGCGAGCGCGAGCUCCGCCCCGACCACGGGCGCGGGCAAGCUCCGCCACGCACAGGCGGGCGCGGGCGCGGCAAGCUCCGCGUCUGCUCUGCUCCGCGCGUCCGCCCUCGAGCGCGGCUCCGCCCCCGCUCUGCCGCACCGAUCCGGCCGUCCCCGCUCGCGCGCUGCUCCGCCCCGCGCAUCGCCCAGCCGCGCCGGAGAGGCCGUUCCCGACGACGUUGCCACGCGCGUCGUAGGCCACGUCGGACCACCGUCACGGGCUCGCGUCCAACUUCCUCCACGUCUCCAGCGCGGUCCCGCCCAUGCCAUUCGUGAGCGACCGCGCCCAUCGCAGCAGCGCCUCGCCCUGAUCGUUGAUGGCGUGGGCGCGCGGCGGGACACAACGCCGCGCGAGGAGCAGCCAGGCACCACGCCGGUCGCGUGCUCGCGCGCCUCCGGCGCCGAGCCGCCCGAGCGGAGCACCUCGACGAGCACCGGCACGGCGCCCGCGCGGACGAUGCACGGCGCCCAAGCGGAGCACCUCGACGAGCGUCGUCCGGCCCCGCCUACGCCAUGAGGAUGGAGCCCAGGAGGCAGCACGACGGCCGGAGACGAGGCCAUGCUUCGGGAAGGAGGCGCGACGGCCGGAGACGAGGCCAUGCUUCGGGGAGGCGGCGCGACGGCCGGAGAUGAGGCCAUGGUUCGGGGAAGCGGCGGACGCUAGCGAAGUGCGGGGCUGGGGGCAGCGGCGGCGCUGAGAGGACGCGGGCCGGCGUGGGCGGAGGCGCGACGAGGCGUGCCGGAGCGCGGGGCUGGGAAGGAGGAGGGGUCGGAGGAGAGGGGCGCGGCGGCUUGGGCGGCGGGGUCGGGGCCUCGUCGGCUUCGAGGGAGCUGCAGCUGGUGCGCUUCGAGAGAGAGAGGAGGAAGCACGUGGGUGGGCCAGUGAGGAAAAGUCAGGGGAGAGGAGGAAGACGCUGGCAGGUGGGGCCAUCGCCUAAAACGGCGAAAUUAGGCCUCCAGGAGCCCCCGGUGCGCUGGGUGUCGCAUGCGGGCGCCGGCGCUGUUUUUUGCUUUUUCCGGUGAAAAACGAGCACUUGGGGGCACAAAUGAGACUUUUUUGCCCGCCGGCAUCCAAAAAGUGGCUUGGGGAGGUUUUUUGGGAGCCCUAUUGGAGAUGCCUUUAUGAUGUCCACUUGUAAAAUCACAAAGGUUGGGAUUGGAGGGCCUAUUGUUGAUUGUUUUGGGAAUUUUAUUGGCAUGGACUUCUACAGCUUGAAAGAAACUCGGUACCUGCCCAGAAGUAUAAUCCUGGAAGUCUUGAAGAAUUUCGAUGCAAAGUAUGUUAGUUUUAUGAGUACUGUUAUUGAACAUAUUGUUUUAAUUGUAAUUCUUAACAGAUGGCCUGUCCCUAAGCCAUGUUGGUGAUAUCCGUCGUGGCACGAGUGUCUCGACGAGUACCUGGGCAAAGUUCCAGAUAUGAUUCCGUGCGGACCCCAGCCUAUGUAACCCUGACAACAUAUCAAGCGCAUGGGUUCUCUUAUAUAUAGGGAGCGGAUGAGAAUUGGCAUCAUGUACCAUGUUUUAAGUUUCUUAUAGAUGAGAAUUAGCAUUCUGUACUAUAUUUACAUAAUGCAACCAGUGUGCAAUAUGAUUUUUUCAAGUUGUAGAAAUAAUAAUAUUUCAUGACUA